GCCUCAUCGGCCUGGCUGUCAUGUAAGUCCACUUUCCCUCGAGUCACCCGGGGUUCCGGCCCGCCUCCAUAACAAGCUGACGAAGAAUGGCAGGGGCCAGAACCUGAUCAUGAACAUGGCCGACCAUGGCUUCACCGUCUGCGCUUUCAACCGCACCGUGUCCAAGGUCGACGCUUUCCUGGCCAACGAGGCCAAGGGCAAGUCCAUCGUCGGGGCGCACUCCGUAGAGGAGUUUGUUUCCAAGCUCAAGAGGCCUCGCCGCGUCAUGCUCCUCGUCCAGGCCGGCAAGCCCGUCGAUGACUGGAUCGAGACUCUGCUGCCACUCCUUGAGCCUGGCGACAUCAUUAUCGACGGCGGCAACUCACACUUCCCCGAUUCCAAUCGGAGGACAAAGUACCUUGCGAGCAAGGGCCUCCGGUUUGUCGGCUCCGGUGUUUCCGGUGGCGAGGAAGGCGCUCGCUACGGCCCAUCUCUGAUGCCCGGUGGCCACGAGGAGGCCUGGUCCCACAUCAAGGACAUCUUCCAGGCCAUUGCUGCCAAGAGCGACGGCGAGGCCUGCUGCGAGUGGGUUGGUGACGAGGGCGCCGGCCACUAUGUGAAGAUGGUGCACAAUGGUAUUGAGUACGGUGACAUGCAGCUCAUCUGCGAGGCGUACGACAUCAUGAAGCGUGGCCUGGGGAUGGACAACAAGGCAAUCGGCGACGUUUUCGCCAAGUGGAACAAGGGUGUUCUAGAUUCUUUCCUGAUUGAGAUCACGCGGGAUAUCAUGUACUUCAACGACGACGACGGUACCCCGCUUGUCGAGAAGAUCCUGGACAAGGCUGGCCAGAAAGGUACCGGCAAGUGGACCGCCGUGAACGCCUUGGACCUGGGCAUGCCCGUCACCCUGAUCGCCGAGGCUGUGCUCGCUCGCUGCCUGUCUGGCAUCAAGGACGAGCGUACCAAGGCAUCGACCAAGCUUAGGUACGAGGCUCGCGCCACGACCUUCGAGGGUGACAAGAACCAGUUCCUGGACGACCUGGAGCAGGCCCUGUACGCGUCCAAGAUCAUCUCAUACGCGCAGGGCUUCAUGCUCAUGCAAGAGGCUGCCAAGGAAUACGGCUGGAAGCUCAACAAGCCCUCGAUUGCCCUCAUGUGGCGUGGCGGGUGCAUCAUCCGCUCCGUCUUCCUGAAGGACAUCACCGCGGCUUACCGCAACAACCCCGACCUGGAGAACCUGCUCUUCGACGACUUCUUCAACAAGGCCAUUCACAAGGCGCAGCCUGGCUGGAGAGAUGUUGUUGCCAAGGCCGCCGUUCUCGGCAUCCCGACUCCGGCCUUCUCGACAGCGCUGUCGUGGUUCGAUGGCUACCGCACGAAGGAUCUGCCGGCCAACCUGCUGCAGGCGCAGCGUGACUACUUCGGUGCCCACACUUUCAGGAUCAAGCCCGAGGCGGCAACUGAGAAGUACCCUGUGGACAAGGAUAUCCACGUCAACUGGACCGGGCGGGGAGGCAAUGUUUCGGCUUCGACAUACCAGGCUUAAAACGGGCGUGACUAAUGAUCGGGAUGCGCAUGGAUGGAUAUUUGCCGAAAUUUACGUAGAUUAAGAUGGCGGUAGAGACACCAUCCAAAAAUAUUGCUUCUGUUCGCUUCAGCUGCACCGAAUUGGCUUUUCUUUUUCUGAUGUAGACCGCCACGCUGAAGGAAGUUGUAGUGGCGUCGACUGCUGUGUUAAAUGUUAUGGGGGAUAUCUCGUCA